AUGGCAGCUGGAACACAAGCUCAAACACCACAAAGAACUGCAGCCACAGCGGCGUGGUCUUGGCCAGAAAGUCGUUAUUCUGUGUGCAAUGGAAGUUAUAGGAGCAGUGAAACCGUUGCUGGCAAACAAGUUCUGUCCAGUCAUCCAGUGUCCGUCCUUUGCCAAAAAAACGAUAAUUGGAACAAUGUCAGAAACUUCAGUCAGUCUGCCAUACGAGCUCUGGGUCUUGAAAAAUUCGACACGUUCCUUAGUCUCCUGGCCGUACAAGAAUGGGGUGUCCAUUGGGCCUGGCGACACACAGUUGAACGAGAUCUUGCGGGUGGUCUCCUUGGAAAGAGUCUUGCACAUCAGGUGGACACCGGCCUUGGCAGCCUGGUACAGGGAGUAACCUGGGGUGUAUGCUGCCAAAAGCGAGGUGGUGAGCAUGAUCACGGAUCCCUCGUCGGCGACCUUGUUGGCGGCCUCUCUGAGGAACAGGAAGGCAGACUUGGUGUUGACGUCGAACAUGGUGUUGUACUCGUCCAAGGUGGUCUCGGCAAGAGGCUUUCUCAGAACCAUACCAACGUUGUUAAUGGCAUAGUCGAUUUUGCCGAGCUUGGAAAUAGUGGAGUCGAAAAUGUUCUUUGCAUCCUUCUCAGAGGUCAGAUCACCGUCAAGCACAAGUGUCUUGAUCUUGUAGUCGGACUCGAGCUCAGAAGCGAACUUGGUGAUGGCCUCCUUCUCCUUAGCAGAGUGUUGAGCCAGCCCAUUGACAGGCCGACCUUCUCGUUCAGGACCUUGAACAGGUCGAACGACGUGGUGAUCGUGGACCCGAACGUGGCAAAGAUCUGUUCGAUCUGCACACACGUCUCGUCCACGUUGAUCAGCGACUUGUUCUUAAGCGGCUCGGGCUCCUCCUUCUUGAGCUCCUCGAACAAAAAAUUGUUUUCACCCUCCAAAGGAGGUAGCGCGUCGAACUUGCUCAAGUCGUCGUCCAGAGCCUUGAUCUCGUCCUCGUUUGCGUCCUCAAACAAGUUGGCCGACGCAGCUUCGUCUUCGGCACGCUUGUCUUUCUCGGACUUUGGCUCAGGACUGUCCUCCUUCUUAGCAGCGUUCUCCUCUGUCUCCUUUCUCUCCACAGACACUCUUGCCAGAGCCUCGAUACGGUCCAGACUAGGCACCAAAUCGUUCUUCUCGUCGAGCUUGAUCCGCUUGGCUUCCUUGGCUUCCUUGGCUCUCGAACUCAGGUUCUUCAUUGGCUGCGGAGAAACGUUCUUGGCCACGCACUCCUCGUAG